UGGUGGUUUAACCAAUUCCGGCAAACACCGCAAGAUUAUGAGUCAUUUUCGCUAUCAAGAAUCAAAAGGGUUUUUGAUUGUGCUUGUCUCCAAAUUCUUAUAUCCAUGACUCCGACUAUUGCAACGCUAGAGUACUCGUCUAACGCGCCCGAUCCUCUCAUCUAUCCACGUCUGUCUGCACAUCACUUGCUAUCUUCAAAAGAGCCCGAUUACCUUCGUCUUAUACUCACUGCUAAAGUUUAUGAAAUCUUGAAGGAAACACCCCUGGUCUACGCUCCAAACCUUAGUGCAAAGCUAGGCAAUCAAAUAUGGCUCAAACGAGAGGAUCUACAAGAGGUCUUCAGCUUUAAGAUCCGAGGUGCCUACAACUUUAUGGCGGGACUAUCUGAAGAAGAACGGUGGAAGGGUGUUGUAACAUGCAGCGCUGGCAAUCACGCGCAAGGAGUAGCUCUUUCUGGCGAACGUCUUGGGAUACCCUGUACCAUUGUGAUGCCCAAAGGCACUCCGUCCAUCAAAGUUCGCAAUGUCGAACGUCUCGGUGCAAAGGUCGUACUCCACGGUGUCGACUUUGACGAAGCCAAGGCAGAAUGUGCAAGACUAGCUGCCACCCAUGGACUGAUCUUUGUCCCUCCGUAUGACGACCCCCUCGUGAUCGCUGGCCAGGGCACCGUUGGGAUGGAAAUAUUAAAACAGAUACCUGACUCCGAAAGUCUUGAUGCCAUCUUCGGUGCGAUCGGCGGUGGCGGUCUUGUCUCUGGGAUUUGUGAAUAUGUCAAACGCAUAGGCAGCCCAAACACAAAAGUGCAUGGCGUCGAGACCUUUGAUGCCGAUGCCAUGGCACGGAGUUUGAAGAGAGGGGCGAGAGUGACUUUAGCCGAGGUCGGUCCUUUUGCCGACGGGACCGCAGUAAGAGUUGUUGGCGAGGAGCCAUUCAGGAUAUGCCAGCGACUCUUGGAUGACGUGGUUCUAGUCGACAAUGACGAAAUAUGCGCCGCUAUCAAAGAUAUAUUCGAAGAAACUAGAUCUGUCACUGAGCCUUCCGGGGCCUUGAGUCUGGCAGGCUUAAAGCGACACGUCAUAAACAACAAUCUCAUCGGCGCAAAUCGAAAAUUUGUUGCCGUUGUCAGUGGAGCCAAUAUGAACUUUGACAGGCUGCGUUUCGUCGCAGAGCGCGCGGAAUUGGGUGAGGGACGCGAAGCACUUCUGAGCGUGGUGGUACCAGAGAAGCCUGGAAGCUUCUUCGCUUUACACUCCAUCAUCCAUCCGCGGUCAACAACGGAAUUCGUUUACCGUUAUAAUGAUCCGACAACCGCACAUAUAUUCCUCUCGUUCAAGCUAGAUACCUCGUCUCGCAAAAAAGAAGUGGAGAAAGUGCUUGAAGAAAUCAAAAAUCAGGGGAUGACCGGAUUCGAUAUCAGCGAUGACGAAGUCGGCAAAUCUCAUGCACGGUACAUGAUAGCUUCAUGCACAACGGUCCCAAACGAACGAGUGUUCCGGUUCGAAUUUCCUGAACGACCAGGCGCCCUGCGCAAGUUCCUUCAGGGUAUCCAUGCCGGCUCAGGCUGGAAUAUAUCGUUGUUCCAUUACCGCAAUCAUGGCGCUGAUCUUGGCAGAGUUCUAACGGCCAUCCAAGUUCCUCGAGAAGACUACGGGGCGUUCGACGAGUUUUUGGGCCAGUUAGGAUAUCACUAUGUGGAGGAGACUGAUAACGAAGUUUACAAACGGUGCCUUAGAGGACGGCUUCCUCAGAAUGGAUCAGCGUAGGAUCUAUUUCAAAAAGGUGGCUUAAAGUAGCUCGCCUGCGCCUGACUAUGUAUGCGAUAAGCAACCGCGGAUGUUAGACUAACCAUUUCGGCGUUGUCAUUUAUGGAGCAUGUCUACACAGAAGCUUCAUGUAUUUAAGUAAUUAGAGAUUAGAAAUACUGCGGCUUAGUAGAGACAAUGGGCGCUGCGGGUUCAGGAAGGCUUAGCUAUAAGUAAUCUAUAGGACGCCGAUUCACGAACU